AUGUUGCCCAAUCGACCAACAAUCGGAGGGGGCGUGAUCAAGGGCGAGGAAGAGGUCACAGUAGGGGUCCAAAGCGAGGUGGCAGAAGCGGAGCUAAUAACGAUGAUUCCUGAACCCAGAAUAGGCAACCCGAAAAUCAAGAUCAUCGAGGACAACAAAAUACAUCCAAUUAUAACUCUGGAUAAUUCUUCCUUUUGGGAUGAGAUUCACCUAUCACCGUUAAGGGAUAGUGCACAGAGUACAGAUCAUACUUCUGUGGGAGGUAUUGAGAAUGCUCCACUAGAAUUGAACGAGAUAGUUGGUACUGCAGUUACAGAUGUUGUGGCUGCAGACCAAAGCAAUACUGUAGUGGUAGAGGAAGAUAAUACCAUUACAGCGGUAGAUGUAGCAAAUAUAAAUGCCAAUGUAUUUAUUGGGAGAAAGAGGACUAGAAGAACCUUUUGUGAUACUACCACAUUAACAUUUGAAAUGUUUUCUAAAUAUUUCUAUUUAACUGCUGAUCAAGCUGCAGAAGAAAUGCAGGUCGGGAGAGCAACUUUCAAGAAAAAAUGUAGGGAAGUAGGGAUUGCCUACUGGCCUUAUAGGAAACUUGUGAGUUUGGACAGGCUAUUAGCAAAUGUCCAGGAAUUCGGUGAAAUCAAAGAUCAAGCUGAACUGCAAAGGGUAAUAAAGGGGCUAGAAGAUGAGAAGAAAGCGAUUCUACAGAAUCCAAACAUAGAGUUGGCUGAGGCAACAACAAGACUCAGAGACAAAUGUGACAGGAAUAGUUCUAAAAAGAGAAGGUAUAUAGAUCCGACAGCUAUUCCUUCAACUAUUCCUGAGAGUUCAUCACAAGCUCCUAUAUUUCCUGAUAUUCCUGAAUUAGCACCAGAGGACAUACAGGAAGUACUCGCUAUGUUAGAUGAAGAUGUUCCUCCUCCCAAUAAUACUACUGACAAUUAAAAUUAUAUGUCUUAUUGUUCAU